AUGCAGAUUCUCAUGAGCUUCCUACACGAGUCUGGGUACAUUUUCUAUCAUCGUACCAAUGCUUUAACUAAUGAGCUCGAAGAUUUGUUCUUUGCAUAUCCAGGCUCGUUGGAAUUAUUGCGUGCAUUCCCGCAUGUGUUAUUGAUGGGUGCAACGUACAAGACAAACCGGUUUAGGAUGCCUCUCCUCGAGAUUGUUGGUGUGACUUCCACAAAUAUGACAUAUUGCAUAGCGUUCGUGUACUUGAACUCAGAAAAAGAGGAGAACUACACAUGGGCUUUAAGGUGUUUACAGUCAACAAUGGAAGAGUGCACUGCUCCGAGAGUUAUUGUCACGGACAGGGAAUUGGCGCUUAUGAACUCGUGUGCAGUGGUAUUUCCAAAUGCUACGAAAUUACUUUGUACCUGGCAUAUUUAUAAUAGCAUCGUCAAGAACUGCAAGUCAUUACUAAGAGAAAAGCAAUUGUGGAAUUCUUUCUACUCCAUGUGGAAAACGUUGUUGGAAUCAGAAAAUGAGUCAGUGUAUCUAUGCAACUUGUCAUAUAUGCAGGUAAUUUUACAAAACCAUCCAGCUGCGGUUAAUUACAUCGAAAUUGUAUGGUUGACACCAUAUAAGGAGAUGUUUGUGUCUGCUUGGACCGAUAGCUAUUUGCAUUUCAGGAACCAGACUACUAAUAGAGUGGAGAGUCAGCAUGCCAAGUUGAAACGCUAUUUGGGUUCAACACAGUCGAACUUGAAGUCUUCGGUAUCGUUCAUUCAUGAGCUCAUUCGAAAUCAAAUUUCAUCGAUCAAAGCCAGUAUGGAGAAAAGUAGAAAUAUCAUACAACAUCGAUUUAGAACCCAGCACUUUCGAGAAUUAUGGGGUUUUGUUUCCAUCUACGCAUUGGAUCUAAUUUCGACUGAAUUUGAGCGGUAUGAAGUUGUUGGACAAGAUUCAUAUGUCUGCGGAUGCAAGUAUAGAAAAUGCUACGGUCUACCAUGUGCCCACGAGAUUGCAAUACAUGUGAAUGAUGGUCGACCUAUACCACUUGCUUCCAUUGAUGUAUUUUGGAGGAAACUUGACUUGUCGCCAUGUGUUUCUCUACUCAAUGAUGGCAUUGAUUGUGCCGUCGAGGUACAAAUGUUCACAGAACAAUUUAAGAAGCAGUCCAGACUGGGUAAAUUCAGUCUACUAAGGAAGCUGAGGGAGAUAAUCAAACUGUCUACAACUUCUGUUCAAGAACCAGCUGUUAAGACAAAUACUCAUGGACGCCCACCAAAGAAGGACAGGGUGGUGAAUACCAAGCAAACGACAGUUAUUCAUGAUCAAGAACCAAAUAGACAUAGUUAUUCGUACGACCGCCCCAUCUCAAAGCAAAAGGCAGUUAUUCAAGAUAAAGAACCAAGUAGACACAGUUAUACAUACGAAUGCCCUUUCUCGAACUUGAAGUCAGGCACAUCGAUUCAGGGAAAUUUGUCUGCACAAAUGAGUUCAAGGUCUGAAAGGAUAAACUACUCCGUAGAUGGCUAUGUUCGUCAAUUUCCACCUAUAUUGCAAGAUUACAUCAAACAAGUAGAAGAUGUAAUACCUGAUGGAAAUUGCGGCUUUCGAGCAAUAGUUGUCUGUCUUCGUCUUGGCGAAGAUGCAUGGGCCACCAUCCGGUAUAACUUGAUGGAAGAGUUGAACACAUUCUGGGAUCAAUAUGUUGCAAUAUUUGGCAGUGAAGAGCGAGCAUAUCAUAUUCAAAACUCAUUGAAUUUCUUUGCAACAGAUAGAGGAGCACCGAUUGAGCACUGGAUGACAAUGCCAUACAUGAGUCUCUUAAUUGCUUCGAGAUAUAAUGUCAUACUACAUGUUCUUAGUCAAUUACAGAGCUUGACAUAUUUGCCACUUCGAUCAACUCCUCCGCCGCUAUAUCAACAUGUUGCUAUAGUUAUUGGGCACGUAAAUAAUAAUCAUUACGUUCGGAUUGCGUUGACAGAGGGUUAUCCGAUGCCUCCCAUUAUGUAUCAAUGGAAACACUUCCGGUAUGAUUGUGCAGCUACAUGGGCUACAUCAUAUAUGGAACAACUUGAUGCGUAUAUACAACAUACUCGUUCUAGGUUCCCUCCCGAAACUAUUGUGUUAGAAGAUUAG